CCCAAGUGUACCAUUAGGUGACAUUGUUCUUAAGUUUCUGUUCUGCUUUUUUGGUUGGUUUGUUUCAUUUCCUCUCCUAUGAAUUUAACUUUCAUUUCUGUGAGGAACUCCUCUGUGGAAAGCUGAACUCUGGCUUGAAUUCAAGUACCAAGUUUGCUGAACUAAGGUCCCGGUUGACUCUACUGGUUAACAACAGGUCUGGAUCUGUUAGCAAGAGAACACCAGCCUUUAGGACAAGUAAGAGCAAGAGAGCAGCUGUAAUGGCUUCUGGAAUCCUGGCAAACAUAAAGGAGGAGGUGACCUGCCCCAUCUGCCUGGAGCUCCUGACAGAACCCCUGAGCCUGGACUGUAGGCAUACCUUCUGCCAAGCCUGCAUCACUGCAAACAGCAAGGAAAUUAUGAUAAGCCAAGAAGGGGAGAGCAGCUGCCCUGUGUGCCAAAUCAGUUACCAGCCUGGGAAUCUGCAGCCUAAUUGGCAUGUUGCCAACAUAGUGAAGAAGCUUAAGGAGGUCAAGUUAAACCCAGAAGAGGAGCAAAAGACAGAUCUCUGUGAGCACCAUGGAGAGAAACUCCUGCUCUUCUGUAAGGAGGAUGGGAAGUUCAUUUGCUGGCUUUGUGAGAGGUCUCAAGAGCAUCGUGGUCACCACACUUUCCUCAUGGAAGAGGUUGUCCAGGAGUACAAGGAGAAGCUCCAGGCAGCUCUGGACAGGCUGAGGGCGGAACAGCAGAAAGCUGAGAAGUUGAAAGAUGACAUCACAGUAGAGAGAGCUUCCUGGGAGAAUCAAAUACAAAAUGAGAGCCACAGUGUCCGGGAUUGUUUUAAAAAACUGCACGGCCUCCUGUACUGUGAGGAACAGAAGGAACUGCAAAAACUGGAGGAGGAGGAGGAAUAUGUUCUUUUUUGCUUGGAACAGGCUGAGAGUGAGCUGGUCCAGCAGAGCCAGUCAUUGAAAGAACUCAUCUCAGAUCUGGAGCAUCGUUUGCAGGGGUCAACAAUGAAGAUGCUUCAGGAUGUGAAUGGCAUUAUGGAAAGGAGUAAGACCUUCACUCUGAAGAAGCCAAAAACUGUCUCUAAGAAUCAAAGGAGAGUGUUCCAAGUUCCUGACCUGAGUGAGAUGCUGCAAGUGUUUAAUGGGCUAAGAGAUAUGAGAUGCUAUUGGGUUCACAUGACCCUGGAUCCUCUCAGGAAAAAAUCAAAUGUUGUCAUUUCUGCUAAUCGGAGAGAAGUGAGAUGUGUGUUAGAUUGCAAUGCAAAAAGAAAUCAGAAAGAUACUCAUCAGAAAGAAAACUAUGACAUUUAUGCUGUACUUGGUUUACCAGCUAUCACAUCAGGGAAACAUUACUGGGAGGUAGAUGUGUCACAGAAACAUGCCUGGGUCUUGGGGGUAUGUGGUGAAACAUGGCCUGACUGGAAUAUGCCUUUUGUUAAAAAAGGUAAAAAUUAUGAACCUAAAUAUGGCUACUGGGUUAUAGCAUUAAACAGCCAAUUUGAAUAUAAUGCUUUUGAGCAGUCUUUGUUCAGUUGUCCCCCAAAAGUAACCCUCAAAUUGACUGUUCCUCCCAAUUGUAUUGGGGUUUUCUUAGACUAUGAGGCAGGCACUGUCUCAUUUUUGAAUGUUACAAACCAUGGGUUUCUCAUCUAUAAAUUCUUUUCAUGUUCCUUUUCUCAUAAAAUUUAUCCAUAUUUCAAUCCUAUGAAUUGUACUGGCCCCAUGACAGUGUGUUCUCCAAGCUCCUAAACCACUUACACCUUAACUCACAUUUUUGGGUGCACCUAACUCACCAAGCUUACUUGCACCAUUCUCACCAUCUUUUUCUUGUUGGUCCCCCCUUUUUUACCAUUUGCAUAUUCUUCAUUCAUCAAUAGGGUGUCCAAUUUCCCUCAUCUCAUAUUUUUCCCGUUAUUUUGUUUUCCUUAGUAGAGAAUCUCAUUUAACCAUUUUGUUUAAUCCCAAGAAAAAUGAGCCAGUUAAAUGAGCUAAAAAAAUGAGCUCAUUUAAAAGAGCCAGUAAGGUGACUGCUCUACCAUUUUUUACAGCCUCACUUCCUGUGCCACUGAGAAUAAGGAAGGCUUUUCAACACCAUUUGUGUAUUAUUCAAGAUCUUGUAUAGAAAUCAUUCACUACAAAAUGAGCCCUCAGGGGUGUGUCACUUCAACCACAAUGUCUCUUCUUCAUUAAGGAGUGAAGGAGACAGUAUCAUAAAUGAUAUGUAUUUAGUGGAAGGUUUGUAUUCAGAGUGUCUGAGUUCAAGUCUGUAGUCUCCAAAUACAUGCAGUAUAACUUUAAAUAAUACACUUGAAUAUUGACUGUACAUUCUUAAAAUAAUUUUGGUAUAAAAAUUUCACCAUAAUUAGGACUAUUGUAAGAAGAAAAAUGUCAUUAAGUAUCAAACAUAAGUAACUCAACUUAAUAAACAUUUUCUCUACUAAGGACUGAGAAAUAUAAGCUGUGCCAGUGUCUUAUGAAACAGGUUUGUGCCUUCAUGGUACUAUGGUGGUUUUUAUUGAAGUAUCAUGUUUCAGAUGCCAGAUACCUCUGUGCUUCUGUCCACAUUAUUGUAGCUCUGCCUAUGAUAUAGGAGUGUGUGUGUGAGAUCGAGAGAGAGAGAGAGAGAGAGAGAUUGAGAGAGAGAGAAUUUUAUUAUAAUUCUGGUUUGCUACAUAUGGGCCUUAAUAAAAAAAUCUAAAUUUUAUAGGAUUCAGUUGCCCAUUUGUAAAACAGUAAUGAAAUUUACUUGAUGUAUAAUUAUGUGAAUUAAACAAGACUGUUUUCAAUAUCUUCUGUCAUUUUUAGUACCUAAAGAGUAAUCAAGUAUGCUGUCUAUUCAUUUUUUGUUUGCUCUAUUCAUUUUUUAUUUGCCUGUCACUGUGAUGGAAAUAAAUGUU